AGAGACUCACACACACAAAACGAGACCCAGACAGAGAGGAAAGGGAGAGCAGAGUUGAAACAGAAGCACUCACAUCGAGGAGUGAAGGACAGAGGCUGACCAGAGCAGCUCAAGAGCAGUUAUUCCUUUAAGACUGUUCAUCGUCAGUGUGACUCAACUUGGAGAUUUGAGGAGUGUUUGGCUUGACUUUGGACAAACUCUUGCUUUGCGGCUUCUGAGACAAAGACUUCUUCAAACCGGACAAAGCACCAGAGAGAGUAAGGAAAGGGAAGUUUGAGACGUGCACAGACAGUCAGCUGUCAUCUUCCAGCUGUGCCCAUACUUGGGGUUGCAUUAUAUUUCAACUAAUUCCGUACCAAUUUGGGCCUCUGUUCUACUAAUGGCUGCUGUGCGUCAGAUGGUUAUGGAGGCCUCUGGCUUCCACGUCCUGCCGGCCCACCUUAUGGCCUCAGCCAUGGAGGAGUUCCCCCAGCAGCUGCCUGUCCCCAAGUGCCCAGCAAGGGGCAAAAGCCGUUCCCGCCGCCCUCGUGAGGCUCGCUUCAAAACACAGCCCGUUACAUUUGCUGAGAUUGCAGAAGUAGAAGAGGAGGGGUCUUCACCACUUGAGGAGGAGAGGGCACGCCGUUCCUUCCUGCAGUCCCUGGAGAACCUGCGGCGGAGCACACAGACCCUCCACUGCCCACCGGCUGCCCACCACAGCUGCACCCCAACACCCACACAGGCCAGCCUGGACUCCAGUGACUCCGACUCCACUCAGUGAGGGGUGCUCUUCUCCUGGCACCCAUGUUCCUUGCUUCGCCUUGACGCCGCUUUGAAUGGAGGCCAACUGAACUGAACCAAACUGGCCUGUCUGCCAGCCUGCCUGUGUGUGUAAGCUGCUGCUGAAAGUCUGCAUUUAAUAUAUACUAACAUAUCAACAUACAGUGUAUAGCUCGAAGGUGCACAUCCGUAAAGAUCUUUACCAGUGCCACAAGCUGGUUAUACUGCUGUAUAGAUAUGAUGAGUGUGAAAGUAGCAGAUGACGCUGUGUUGAACACACCACUCUUCAGAUGUAUUCCUUUUCUACUGUAGAUGUUUAUGAGGAAAACUUGAAUGAUGUAAGUUGGUUGAUAUUUUUCCAUUUUAAAGUUAUAUGGGUAUUUUCGUUUCAAUCCAGAUUUUUCUACUUGACCAGUCAUCAUAGAAAGGACUGUUAAGUUAGUAUUGUGACUUACCACACUGUAAAUAAUUUGACGUAGCAAUGUGCGGAGCGUCAGCAGUGACUUGGCCGUCACUGAAGCAACAGAGUACCGUUGCAAAGCUUUGUCAGGAGUUCAGUCUCUUGUUUUCCAGCUUCACAGUGGAUGAAAUCUCUGCUCUUGCUUUGAUUCCUGAGCAAAAGAAAAUGCCUUUCUAUAUGUCUUUAUUUAUUCUCUUAUUUUGUUCAUAACCAAGUGGAGUUGUAGAUGUGAUAUUUUAUUGCUCUUUCUGACUUCUAAAGUCACCUUGACUUUCAAAGAAAAUCAUAACCUUUAUACUUUAUAUUUGUUUUACUUUAUACAUAUAUGUUACAAUGUUUGUUAUAUGUACUUUAAUAAAUAUUUUCAAGUA